UAAUAGUGAAGACUUUAAUAGGCGACCCUUAUUAUCGCGGCUUGGUGGGAGUCAGUCUGACCACGAAAAAAGGGUCCAGUCCAGCUGUUCCAACCCCGUACAGAUGUCUGGGGGAGGUCCGCCCGUGCCUAGCUAUGUCCACGAUGUUACGAAAGCAUUCCAGGACCACACAGCGGCGGAAACACGAAGGUCCCGCCUCCGAGAGACUCCGGCCCGGUCGCCCCAGACAGCGCUGAUGAGCCGCGGUACGGGAUCAUGCGGUGCCGCAGACGUCGACGACACCUAAGCGUCUUCAAGAAUCCUCUGCAGCAAGACGUCUUCAGGUGACAAGGUCAUUCUCAGGAUGAACAAAAGAGUCCGAUGUGGAAAGUUGCAGGACAAGUUUAGUCCUGCGGCAGCUGUGACGUAGACGGUUUGGGCGGACCACGGUUACCUCUGAAAGAACGUCAGAAGUCACGGUGGGGGUCUACGCGCACAACAUAGCGCUGGGAGAACUGUCUUUUCCCCGCUAAGAUACAGAAAACACUCAGCAAAACCGAGAAGUGUUGUCAGAAGAGGUUGAAACGUUCAACAACACGACUGCCUCCAAGUCUACAGAAUAAAGGAACACAUCUUCAGAAUGGAAACUUCUCCGUCGGUUGGGCGCUGGCUUCUCCUUGCACUGGUCAUGGGAUCAACAUGUAAGCUGAUUGUUCAAGGACAAACAGCUUCAACGUCUUUAGAAAUACCUCAAGCAUCUGCAACUUCAACUCCUACUCCUUCUCAGCGACCCUCAAAUGUGUCACCGACAGUCAGUCAAACUGUAGCUCCAUCUCCCAGUCCAUCUGUGUUCACAGUGCCGACAGUCAGUCCAACUGUAGGUCAAAGUCGGACUUUGUCACCGACAGUCAGUCAAACUGUAGCUCAAUCUCCAAGUCAAUCUGCGUCCACAGUGCCGACAGCCAGUCCAACAGUAGCUCCAACAGUGUCACCGACUGUCAGUCCAUCUGUAGCUCCAUCAGUGUCACCAACAGUCAGUCCAUCUGUGCCUCCAUCUCCAACUGCGUCACCGACAGUCAGUCCAACUGUAGCUCCAACAUUGUCACCGACAGUUAGUCCAACUGUAGCUCUAUCUCCAUCAAUGUCACCUACGAUCAGUCCAUCUGUAGCUCCAUCUCCAAUAGUGUCACCGACAGUCAGUCCAACAGUAGCUCCAACAGUGUCACCAACAGUCAGUCAGUCCAACAGUAGCUCCAACAGUGUCACCAACAGUCAGUUCAUCUGUGCCUCCAUCUCCAACUGCGUCACCGACAGUCAGUCCAACUGUAGCUCCAACAUUGUCACCGACAGUCAGUCCAACUGUAGCCCCAUCUCCAUCAGUGUCACCUACAGUCAGUCCAUCUGUAGCCCCUUCUCCAUCAGUGCCACCAACAGUCAGUCCAACUGUAGCCCCAUCUCCAUCAGUGUCACCUACAGUCAGUCCAUCUGUAGCCGCAUCUCCAUCAGUGUCACCAACAGUCAGUCCAACUGUAGCCCCAUCUCCAUCAGUGUCACCUACAGUCAGUCCAUCGGUAGGUCCAUCUCCAUCAGUGUCACCUACAGUCAGUCCAACUGUAGCCCCAUCUCCAUCAGUGUCACCUACAGUCAGUCCAUCGGUAGGUCCAUCUCCAUCAGUGUCACCAACAGUCAGUCCAUCUGUAGCUCCAUCUCCAUCAGUGUCACCAACAGUCAGUCCAACUGUAGCCCCAUCUCCAUCAGUGUCAACUACAGUCAGUCCAUCGGUAGGUCCAUCUCCAUCAGUGUCACCAACAGUCAGUCCAUCUCUAGCUCCAUCAGUGUCACCUACAGUCAGUCCAUCGGUAGCUCCAUCAGUGUCACCAACAGUCAGUCCAUCGGUAGCUCCAUCUCCAUCAGUAUCAUCUCCAUCAAUGUCACCUUCGGUCAGUCCAUCUGUAGCUCCAUCCCCAACAGUGUCACCAACAGUCAGUCCAUCUGUAGCUCCAUCUCCGACAGUCGGUCUAUCUGUAGCUCCAUCACUGACAAUCAGUCCAACUGUAGCUCCAUCAGCGUCACCGACAGUCAGUCCAUCUGUAGCUCCAUCAGUGUCACCAACAGUCAGUCCAUCUGUAGCUCCAUCUCCAACAGAUUCACCAACAGUCAGUCCAUCUGUAGCUCCAACAGUUUCACCAACAGUCAGUCCAUCUGUAGCUCCACCAGCGUCACCGACAGUCAGUCCAACUGUAGCUCCACCAGUGUCACCUACAGUCAGUCCAUCUUUAGCUCCAUCAGUGUCACCGACAGUCAGUCCAUCUGUAGCUUCACCAGCGUCACCGACAGUCAGUCCAACUGUAGCUCUACCGGUGUCACCGACAGUCAGUCCAUCCGUAGCCCCAUCUCCAUCAGUGUCACCAACAGUCAGUCCAUCUGUAGCUCCAUCUCCAACAGUUUUACCGACAGUCAUUCCAACUGUAGCUCCAACAGUUUCACCGACAGUCAGUCCAUCUGUAGCUCCAUCUCCAACAGUGUUACCGACUGUUAGUAGAUCUGUAGCUCAAACAGUGUCACCGACAGUCAGUCCAUCAGUAGCUCCAUCUCCAACAGUUUCACCGCCAGUCAGUCCAUCUGUAGCUCCAUCUCCGACAGAUAGUCCAUCUGUAGCU